AUGACCAAAAUACCAGCCACCAAGAAGGUGCAAAGCGUCCCCAACGCAGGGGCCCUCUGGCCCUUUUAUGCCUCAGAACAUCUAAUACAGGUUCCAGACAAGCCGAUGAAGAGCAUCAAGUACAUGGACAAGGAAAUCAUAAGCCUCAAAAAAGACCUUGCACGAAGCCGCAUGUUGAUUCGGUCGGUGAAGACAGGCCGCAGCUACUUUAGCAUGUUGCAGGAGGAGAGUGCCUUGAAAAAGAAGCAACAGUACCUUCAACAACUGAAAGAGGAAGAAAGACAUAAAUUCCAGCCAGCCAAAAAGAUCUCAGAAGUCCACUAUGGUGAUAUUCUUUUGACUACAUACGACCAAGCCAAGGUUAGGAAGAUGGGCGCUGGAGUCGUACUUCGCCCAUUCACCCCCGUGCACAGCUGCAUCAUCUCAUCCUCGCUACCCGAGGCUCACGUGGAGCCCCUCUUCCGCCAGCUCUGUGCCCUCCACUGGCUCCUGGAGGCCCUGACUAUCGACCACGCCCACCAUACUAUGAAGCCUGUGAUCACCUGCUGGAAUCCAAAAAGAUUCCAGCAAACACAAAUCUUCAUUGUUGGAGGGCCUGGCGUCAACUCAGUGGAACAAGAAAUUGAUACAUGCAAUGUGGGGUCAAACCAAGAGACCAAGAAAUUCAAAAUUCCUAUACUGCGUGUCACCAACCGCAAGCCAAGCCGGCGAGGCUCCACCCUCAGUCUGUCUCGGACCAGUGGGGCAUCAUCCCCCCAGAGCAGUAUGAUGUCCAUGAACCCCGGCUCAGACGAGCCCCAGAGUGUGAUCACCCAGGCAACAGGCAGCAAGGACAUUGAGGACAAUGAAUCCUCUUCGACCAAGCCUGACGAAGAACCUCUCCAUAUCAAUCUGCAGAAGCUCCUGGAGAUGGUUCGGGAAGAUGCCCGGAGGACAGUCAUAAUGGAAAAUGGGAUGCACAAGAAAGCGCCCAGUAUCUUGUCAAUGCUCAAACAAACCAACAGUGAUUCUGCCUAUAAAGACGUGCAGACCACCCGCAAAUCAAGUGAAAGAUCUAGCAAUACAAGUGGAGAAAGCCACACUCUGCUCAUCCAGAAGAAGUCUAAAAGCCGUACCAACCGGGACAUUAUCCAGUGCAAGAGUGGCGUGUGCAACACCAUGAGGGCAAAGUUUUACAGCGUGGCCCAGGAAGCUGGCUUCUGUCUUCAGGACAAGAUGGAAAUCCUCAUGAAGCGCCAAGAAGAGAGAGGUCUCCAGAAGUUCCAUUCUUUUGUCUUUGUCUCCAAUUUUAAAAAGGAUAUAGCAAAAAUGAGGCAUCAAGUCUCCAUGAUAAAAGGAGAUGCAAAAGAAAUUGCAGACCACUGGUACUUUGAUCUGCUGUCCAAACUCCCCAAAGAUCUGAAGAAUUUCCGCCCUGUCAAAAAGAUCCUGGCGAAACUACAGAAGUUUGGGGAAAACCUAGACCUCAGGAUCAGGCCCCAUGUCCUCCUGAAAGUGCUACAAGACCUGAGAAUCUGGGAACUGUGCUCUCCGGACAUCGCUGUGGCUAUUGAGUUUGUACGUGAACACAUCAUCCAUAUGUCUCAAGAGGAUUAUAUCAACUGGCUGCAGAACCGGAUCAAUAUCCCCAUCCGAUCCCACAGUCUCCGGACAUAG